UAGCAGUUUGAGGCAGGACUCUUGGGCCAGGCAGACCCCUCGGGAAUGGGGGGGCCUGGAGCUAGAUGGGCCCCUUGCUACGUCUCUUCCCCCAGCCACGUCGCUGCCUCUCGUUGCAGGUCGUGGGGCUGUGUCAUCCAACUUACUAAGAGCUCCCGGGAUUUUGGUGACGGGCUGAGGCUCGGUCACAGGCCAGGAUGGCGCAGGUGCUGCACAUGGAGUCCGGCUUCCCUGGGAAGCCCACCCCGACCUCCCCCAGCGCCUUUGGGGCCCAGGAGCCGCAGCUGCCCUACUCGGUGGAGACGCCGUAUGGCUACCGCCUCGACCUGGACUUCCUGAAGUACGUGGACGAUAUUGAGAAAGGCAACACCAUCCGGCGGGUCCCGGUGCACCGGCGGCCCCGCUACGGCUCCCUGCCCCGCGGUGCCGGCUCCUGGUGGACAUCCACCGAGUCGCUCUGCUCCAACGCCAGCCUGGAUAGCCGCCACUCCUCCUACUCCUACUGCGCCCCCGGCUUCUACCCCCAGUGUGGGACGGGCGCCUUCAACGCCCGCGUGGAGAAGACCCUGCUGGACGCCCGCAAGAAGCUGGAGGACCAGGCGGGCGACCGGGCCGGGCAGGGGGGCUUGGGGAGCCUCCACAGCAGCGUCUCGGGCUCCACCAGCUCCCUGGUGGGUGGGCAGCCUCCGGGCAAGCUGAACGGCUCACAGGCCGGGUUCACCCCGCUGAGCUCGGGGCUGUCCACACCCGUGUCCCCCAGCCCUGGGCACCUGCAGCUCGUGCGGGAGCAGAUGGCCGUGGCGCUGAAGAAGCUGCGGCAGCUGGAGGAACAGGUGAAGAUUAUCCCGGUGCUGCAGGUGAAGAUCUCGGUGCUCCAGGAGGAGAAGCGACAGCUCAGCGUCCAGCUGAAGAGCCAGAAAUUCCUGGGCCACCCGGGCGGGUUUGGGAAGGGCAAAGGCCGGGGCGAGCUCUACAUUGAGAUCCCGGAGGAGGAAGGGGGCGGAGGCGGGGCAGGGGUCACCCUGCCGCUGUCGGGAAGCCGGAGGCCGGAUUCGGGGGGCGGCACGGAGGGCUCGGCCCCCCUGAGCCCCCAGCCAGCAGCAGAGCGGAGGGAGGUGAGAUCAGUGGGGGUGGGGACAUCGGAACCGGGGGCCAGGCGGAGCGUGGGGGUGGGGGUGAGCGAGGAGGAGCUGGCACCAGAGGGGCAGCGCCAGGCUGCGCUUGCCCUGUCGGCCAAGGUGGCCGUGCUGGAGAAGCAGCUGCAGAAGGCUCUCCGGGAGCUACAGGGGGCCCAGCCGGGCACGGCCGGGCAGGAGGGACGCCCCGGGUGGCAGCAGCAGGAGGUGCCUGUCAAGGCGGACACUGUCAAGGUGAUCCAGGCACAGCGGGAGCCGGAGAUCGCUGCCAGCACCGCCACGGGCGUGGCCCACUGGCCGCAGCGGGCGCAGAGCUUGGAGACCAAGGAGCCGUACGCCAGCCUGCGGGCUCUGACGCUGGGGGAGCAGCCCCAGGCCGUGGUGGUGGAGACGACCUUCCCCGUCCACGCCGCUGCGCCCCACGUCGCCCCCGUCCACGGCGUCAAGAAGAUCAGCAUCGCGGCCGAGCCCGGCGGGGAGGAGACAGGCCCGGGCAGCAGAGCCUCGCCAGCCUCGGCUCAGGGGGGCCUCAGAUCUGGCACGAAGAGGCAGGAGGAGGCCCCGGAGCUGGCGGGCAAGAAACGUCUCCAGUUUGUGGGUGUGAACGGCGGGUACGAGUCCACCUCCUCGGGGUCCAGCACGGCCGAGAACUCCUCUGACAACGAGAGCACGGAGAGCGAAUACCAUGAAGCCAGUGAGGGGCCCCCUGCCGGGCAGACGGAGACCCCCAGGCCCCCGCCGCCAGCCCCCCAGAGAGUCCCUGCGGAACCCCCCAGAGCAGCACCAGGACAUGACACUGGGACAGGACUCAGCCCAGAGCUGUUAGCGGCCUGUGAAACCUUGCAGAAGUACCUGGAGAGCCCGGACAUGCUUAUGGACAAGGAGAUGAAGGCCGCCUACACCCUGGUGCUGCAGGACUGGCUGCAGCUGUCAUGCCACAGGGAGGCUGCCCCCGAGGCCGUGGGGGAGCGCCUGGCCGCAUACCGUGCCCUCUCGCCCCGCCUGCUGGAGUUCAUCCUCAACAUGGCAGAUGGGAACGGGAACACGGCGCUGCACUACAGCGUCUCGCACUCCAACUUCCCCAUGGUCCAGCGCCUCCUGGAGACCGCCCACAAUCCCCUGACCCCGGGCUCCCUGCAGGCGGGGCAGACAGCGCUGAUGCUGGCCGUCAGCCAUGGGCGUCAGGACAUGGUGCGGGCUCUGCUGGCCUGCGCGGCCGACGUGAACCUGCAGGACGCCGACGGCUCGACAGCCCUGAUGUGCGCCUGCGAACAUGGCCACGCCGAAAUCGCCCGCCUGCUCCUGGCCACACCCGCCUGCCACGUGGGCCUGGCCGACCACGACGGCAGCACGGCCCUGUCCAUCGCGCUGGAGGCCGGGCAGAACGACAUUGCCGUCAUGCUGUACGCCCACAUGAACUUCGCCAAGCCGCCCUCCCCGGGGACCCCAAAGCUGCCGAAAGCCGAGGCUGCAGCAGCUGUCCUGCCCACCGAGGCUCAGUAGCAGAGGAGGGACCUGCCGUGUCCCCUCGGCCCCCACCUCCGGCAGCCCCGAAGACACCAAUCAAGAUGUGGUGGGAGGAAGGGGGUGGGUCUCGAGGGAACCCGUCCACCCCGAGCACUGAGACUCACAAAGGCCUGUCCCUCCUGCGGUCCGAGCUGAGCCACUGGAGCCGGGGGGUGGCUGCUGCUUGCUGAUGGGAGUUGGGAUGGAUGUUGGGGGGCAGCAAGGACAUGAGACGAAGGAAGCCGGAGACAAGUCGGUGGCAGAAAUCUGGCAGCUGCAUUUUCUAAGUCUCCACUGGCUUUGGUCCCGCGGGGAAAGACCCACGACCAUGGGGCCUGCCACGGCCGGGUUGAUAGGCUCCGCUCCAGCAGCAGCUGCAUCGCCCUGGCCUGUCUCCGGCACACACCGGAUUCCCAUCUGGGGCCAUUCCUACACAUCAUGGAAAUUCACAUGAGCUGGGGGCUCCCCUCCCAUCCCUCCAUCUGGCUGGAGACAGUGGGGGAGCUCUUUGUUGCAUUGUGGGUACUCCGUCCAUCAUCAGGUGACAGACCCAGACUCUUCCUGUGCGUGUGACCUUGGGCAAGUCACAGUCUGUCGCUCUGUGCCUCAGUUUCCCCUCUGGAUUUUUUUCCCACUUAAAAAAGCUCUCUCUGCUUAGUGUUAUUUCUGUGAUGGAAGCAGCUGGGGCUCUGUUUCUAGAAUCGAUUUUAAAGGGAGCAGGUUCUUUAAAAAAAAAGUUCCUAAAAAUGGCAGGCUGGGAAAUUUGGAUGGAUUAAUUACCCUACCUGGCCAGCAGGGGCAGCACCUCCUCUCUCUAUGUACCUGCCUAUAUCUAUAUCGCUUUUAGUUGCAACAACAAAACGUUUUUCAAUACCAACCCCUCCACAAAGGCGUUUCUCGCUGGGCAGAGGCCAGGCAAGCCCUUGGACCCGAGGUGUGUGGCCAGCGCUUAAAAUUCCUAGACAAGGAGACAGUCCUAUUUUUAUAGCAAAUCUAUAGAUUAAUAUACACCAAGAAACCCCCGAAGGCGCUAAGUUAUUUUACCGCCCGCCCAGGGGUUAGGGCCUCGGCAGACGCAGGCGGGUAAAGCGGAGCAGGGCCCGGCUGGCUGCAGCAGUCAGAGACCCCCGGCUGUUUAGUUCCCACAGCUACACGCUGCCUUGGUACGAGCCAGGUGGGCUUUUAGGAUGACGUCUUAUUCUUCCCCCGUCCCCCCCAACAUUUGGGGCUCGGGGCAAAGCCGCGGUACAAAGCUGUCUCUUUAGCUUCUGUUUGCUGCCUGAUCUCCCCCUCCCCGCCCCAGGCAUGUUUAUCGCCCAGUGCAUCAUUCCCCUGCCCCCGCACACUGGGCAGUGUCCAGGGUGGGGGGCGGUGAGCCCAGCACUGGGGUUAUAGCUGGGGGGGCUGUUUAGUCGCACAUACCAAGAGGUGUAUUCGCUGAUGUCAGUAUUACCUUCAGCCUGUAACCUGUUUAAAAUAAAGCUAUUGGGAAAAC